CAUUUCACAGGUUACACAGGUUUAAACUAAAAAUGGGUUGUUAUGUACCAGAACUGCCCCAAUUCGGAAGUGGCACCGAGGUGACCCACUGCAGCAUUUCCGCACUAGAUGACAUCCCGCUCCACGAAGAGGGCUCUUCGGACUUGGAACUCUCAAAAGCAUUUGAUAGGCUGGAGAAGAUGAAGCAGCGGGCUUUAUACUUAAAAGGCCGCUUAAUACGCCCAUUGACAGAAAAAGGAUCCGAAUGCUCUACAGAAAGCAAUCAAAUCCCGAUGGAUACCAAAUCUGAUAACAAUACCAAAUCGGGUAAUGCCGAGCUGAGGGUCGUGCAAGAGGACACCGCUAGAGCUUACCAGCAGAUCAGCUACAUCACUAGCCAACUCAAGGAGACCAAGGGCUCCCUAUCCAUUUUGGAUCGCAAGGUCCGGAGUAACAUUCGAUGCACCAAGCAGUUGCAGAAGAGGCUGUCCGAGGUGCCCAAGUGGCAGGAGGAACUGAGACACCACACGGGAUUGUGCAUUGAGCGGUUCAACGACCUAGAUAUUUGCAAGGGCAACUACCUGGAGUACAGCGACAACUUCGUGCGGCCCAGCCAGAACAACAUGAAGUGCAGUUUCAACUCCAAGGUACCCAAUGUAUGCUAUAAGCAAGAUUACUGCGACUUCAAUAACCUCUUGAAUAGAACUCGGAAGUUGAUGCUGAAGUGCUGUGAACAGUUGAAGGACUACACCGAAGUCCUAGACAAAGUCGUUAACUCGCAAAAGGACAAAGCCCCGUUGCUGCCAUCGAUCUCAGAGAUAUCGCUGCUCCUGGAGCAGAACAGCCAGGUGACCAAGCCAAGGAGAUCCAGUGUCAAGAUGCGGCGAUCCUUUAAGUUCGCCUGGGCAGCUCCUAUGCCCAAGCAGCCGAAGCAUUGGCUCCACAUCGAUCGUUCAGAGAGAGAUUAUUAGAAAUCGCAGCUGACCGCAAAAAUUUCAGACUCGUAAUUUGAAGUGCAAUCCAAUUCCGGAGUUUUUUUUUUUGGCAAAUAUUCCGCAUAAUGAAUAUGCAUACGGACAUGGGACACACAAUGGCCAGGCUAAUUGUGCAAAAAUGUUUUAGCAAAUAUUUUGUUAACAAAUUUUGCGGCCAUUUAAGCCACAGAAAUGCAAUUAGCCGUGAACGUAAUUAACCAAACAAAAUGUGAAUGCGAGUGCAGUGCCGGCCACUCUGACCGGAAUUAAAAAUGAAAAGAAAAUAAAAUUAGGAAAACCACCUAGCGGAUGUGCACAAAA